AUGCCGACCGCCAGUCCAACAGAGAAAUUCAAGCGCAUCGGCAUCGUCGGAGUCGGGAGUAUGGGCUCGAUGAUGGCAUUCGCUUUCUCAGAGAUCGGCCUCGAUGUCUCCGUGUGGGAUGUAGACAAGAGGAACGUUGAUAAAGUGAUGGAAUGGACCAAGAAAGCUACGACCAUGAAAGGCAAGAUUGAAGGGUUCACCGAGAUCGACAAGUUCACCAAGAGCCUCGAGGGUCAUGGGAUUGGCAAAUUGUUCAUGUUCUCCAUCACGCAUGGAGAGCCUGCAGACUCGGUGUUAAAAUUGAUCAAGCCAGAUCUGAAGAAGGGCGACAUUAUUCUCGAUGGAGGAAAUGAGAAUUACCGCCGGACUGAGCGACGCCAGAGAGAGUGCGAAGAUAUUGGAGUGACUUGGAUUGGAAUGGGUGUCUCUGGUGGCUACCAGUCAGCACGACGUGGACCCAGUCUAUCCCCUGGUGGUGAUGCUAAAGCUAUGGAGCUUGUCAUGCCGCUUCUCAAUGCAUAUGCUGCCAAGGAUCCCAAGACAGGAGCACCAUGUGUGAAUCGCAUCGGGCCUGGUGGUUCCGGUCAUUUCGUCAAGAUGGUCCAUAACGGAAUCGAGGGUGGCAUGCUGUCUACGCUUGCAGAAGCUUGGUCAUACAUGCACUUCGGCCUCGGUAUGGACUACGAGCAGAUUGGCGAUGUGUUCACCGAUUGGAACUCAAAGGGUGAAUUACGGAACAACUUCCUGAUCAACAUCGGCGCCGAUAUCAUGAGAGCUAAAAAGACGCCUAAAGGUGACUGGCAUGGUGAGGGUGCUAGCGACAGCAAUGGAUAUGUGUUGGAUGAUGUACUUGACAAGGUGGUUCAAGACGAUGACAACAGCGAGGGCACACCUCUCUGGGCUGUCAUGGAAUCUGCUUCCCGACACGUUUCGACUCCCACUCUAACAGCGGCACACUACAUGCGUAUUGCGAGCGGAAACCGCGCUGAGCGAAUUGAAGUCGUCAAAAGGCUCCAGAUGCCCACUCCACGGAGUAUGGAGAAUAUCAAGGACCGCGCGACAGUCGUCGAAAAGCUCCGCAAAGCAGUGUACUGCAGCUUCCUGUCAUCUUUCUGUCAGGGCUUGGAGCUGAUUGCCCGGGCAUCAAACGACGAAGGCUGGGCAAUCAGCCUGGGCGAUUGUCUGCAGAUCUGGCGAGCUGGGUGUAUCAUUCAGUCCGAGUACAUUGCGGACCUUUUGCAGCCACCGUUGACAUCUAACAAGCAUGUGACGAAUCUCAAAUGCAUCGACGCAGUGGCUCGAGAACUGCACGGCAAUUUCGCUGCCUUGAAGUCAACUGUCUUGGAGGGCAUAAUGUACGACCAGUACAUGCCUUCGCUUUCCGCGACUGUUGAGUAUCUCAAGUAUGACGGUGGUACUAUGCUUCCAACCAAGUUUAUGGAGGCUCAGAUGGAUUACUUUGGCGCACAUUGUUACAAUAAGCCGGUUGUUUGCGGAGAGGACCCUGGACCGACUCACAAGGGUCCUCAUCACUACGAAUGGAAGUCUGCCUAG